UUUUUGAUUUUCGAUGUCAGGAAAAGAGUUGUCGGUUCCUGGAAAUUUCUUUGGAUACCUGAAAUCGAUCAGAAGAACCGAACCGAAAAACCCUCGAUUCUUAAGCUCGGUUAUCGGUCCAGAACCGAUAACCCUAGUUAGGAAAGCUAAAAGAUAGGGUGGGCUAAUGUUAGGGCCAAUUAUGAAACUAAUCGAAGGACCAAUGAAAAACGAAUUUUCUAAAUGAUAGCAUUUGAAAAAAUCAAAGGUUGGAAAGUUGUGCACAAAUCAUUACCCCGUAUUAUUGAAUAUGGGCGUAGUGAGGGAAUACUACAGGCUACCGCUUCUAUGCCCGGUAUUGUUCUCGCAGCACAUGACGCUGCCCAUCAUCAAGCUAGUAAAGACAAUAGAAAUGGGGAUAAAGUACAUUUACCUACUAACGACCUUACAUGUUGGUUUUAA